AUGGAGGGUGAAGCUCAGGAGCGCCUCGACAUGCCGGAGCUCGUCUGGAAGCGCUACAUCGACUUGGAGGUUAGCCAGAACGAAACCGACAACGCGCGCAAGGUUUGGCAGCAGCUGGUCAGCAAGUCGCACCACGUGCGCGUCUAUAUCGCCUACAGCGAUUUUGAGGCCGUGACAUGCCAGUCCAUGCCAAAGGCGAGAGAAGCCCUGGAGGCAGGUUCGCGCCACUUCAAGGUGGAGAGCCGCAACGAGGAGCGCGCCAUGCUCCUGGAACACCUGCUCAAGCUCGAGAAGGAGCAUGGCGAUGACGACUCGGUGAAGGCCGCCGAGAAGAAGCAGCCAGAGCGUGUGAAGAAGAGGAAAGCCAUCCAAGGCGAAGAUGGGCAGGAGGCCUUUGAGGAGUACAUGGAUUACAACUUCCCAGAGGACAGCUCAGAGACGCAGAAUCUCAAGAUUCUCGAGAUGGCGAGGAGUGUGGCGGACUCCCUCCCUUAA